CGGUGGUCUUCUCCCGGUCACAGAAAGUGCGGAAGCCACAAUUUGCUUCCCACGCAGUGUGAUAUAUUCUUAUUUCCAAGGAAUUGUACCAUGUCUUCUCCUGCAACUAUUAAGAUUGGAAUAAUCGGUGGCUCAGGGCUUGCUGACCCUGACAUAUUGGAGGGAAGAACCGAGCGUUACGUCGACACGCCUUAUGGAAAGCCAUCAGACGCCUUGAUAUUGGGGAAAAUAAAAAAUGUGGAAUGUGUGCUUCUUGCAAGACAUGGAAGGCAGCACACCAUAAUGCCAUCCAACAUCAACUACCAGGCCAACAUCUGGGCGCUGAGAGAGGAGGGCUGCACACAUCUGCUUGUCACCACGGCGUGCGGCUCGCUGCGGGAGGAGAUCCAACCCGGGGAUAUUGUCAUCGUAGAUCAGUUCAUUGACAGGACGAACAAGAGAGCGCAGACGUUUUAUGAUGGCCAGCCGACGAGUCCUCCAGGUGUGUGUCACGUCCCCAUGGCUGAGCCUUUCUGUAACAGGACCCGAGAGAUGCUGCUGGAGGUGGCGCGGGGGUUGGGCGUCAAAUGCCACGUGAAGGGGACCAUGCUGAGCAUCGAGGGACCCCGCUUCUCCUCGCGGGCCGAGAGCCUGAUGUUUCGCCAGUGGGGCGCCGACGUCAUCAACAUGACCACGGUGCCAGAGGUGGUCCUGGCCAAGGAGGCCGGCUUGUGCUACGCCAGCAUCGCCAUGGCAACGGACUACGACUGCUGGAAGGAGCACGAGGAGGCGGUCUCCGUGGACAACGUGAUGAAGACCAUGAAGGAGAAUGCCAACAAAGCCAGCAGCAUCCUGCUGACUGCAAUACCUCAGAUCAGUCAGAUGGACUGGACUCAGACCAUAGCCUCCUUGAAAGCGAUGGCUCAGUCGGCAGUAAUGUUACCCAAACACUGAGCGCUUCUCGGAUGCCACUCACUCAAGUUCUUGGUUUGUUUGAUCGGUGACUAAAAAAAAAAACCACACACAAAAAAAUGCCCCCGCAUGUCUUUUCAUGUCACAGUCGCACAGCACCUGUUUUAUGUCUCUCCAGAAGAUUAAGGACUUUUCCCACACUACCUCUCACCAUACAAACCUUCAACAGAUUAAUAAAUCAACGUGUUCAUUUUCACAA